AUGUUAGUUGGUCACAUUCUUACGGCCUUCUUUCUGCUGGGCGCCGUCUCAGCAGACUCCUUUUGCAAAGCAACCCCAUUCGAUGCGACGUGGCCAAAGACAGAAGAUUGGAACGCUCUCAACCAGACUCUUGCUGGCGCGCUGAUCAAGACUCGACCAGCUGCAUCAUAUCGCUACGAGGGUAACCCGUUCUAUGACUAUGGGUACAAAAAUCAAGGAUGCACACUCGGAGGCUUGCCUGAGUACAUCGUCAAUGCCACGAGUGCGGACCAGGUUGCAACUGCCAUGAAAUGGGCUAGCGACCGCAACAUUCGGAUCAUUGCUAAGGGAACUGGCCAUGAUCUCAAUGGAAGUUAUGGAUCCAUCGAAUCUAGCGGUGUCUACGCCUUAUCGAUAUGGACCCAUCAAUUUCGACACAUCGACUUCAAUUCUCAGUGGCCCCUUCCUCUCAGCAACGAUACGGAGAAUGCGGUGAUACUUGGCAGCGGCAACAACUGGGGGGCUGUUCUCCAGGCGGCUUCUCUUCUUGGCAGAACUCUCGUUAGUGGUCAAGUUAAGACAGUAGGCCUGGGUGGCUUCAUCGGCGGGGGUGGCAGCCCUCUUUCGAGCCACUAUGGUCUCGCAGCCGACCAAGUCCUCCAAGCCACCGUCGUAACAUCUUCGGGCAACAUUCUCGUCGCCAACGAAGCUCAGAACCAGGACUUGUUGUGGGCGAUUCGAGGUGGUGGACCGGGGGUUUACGGAGUCGUUAUCGAGUAUGUCUUGCGCACUCAUCCGAUACCUCAAAACGUGGUCCAGUCUACAUUCUCCCUGUCGCUGCCCCAAAACAGCACAGUAGACGCUCUCGCCGCAUCUUGGGACGCAUUCGCGACUCUCACAAGCUCCCUGCCCGACCUCAUGGACUUAGGCAUUGCAGGAUUUGGGACUGCAACAACGGUGGUGGGCUCUCAGGUGUCUGCCGGUGAAUUCAACAGGGGUAUCGGGGCAUCUUUCACCUUCUUCGGCUUCAACACUACCGCAAGCACUCUGGUUUCUAUUUUGGAACCCGUGAAAGCACGCGCAUUGGGAAAUAAAACAAGCCAGGGCUUGUCCGUGACCAUCUCAACCCCGACGGUAUUCGAUUCAUACAUGGCUUUCGUCGACAGCCUCAACAAUCCAUCAGAGCCCGUGGCACAGAUCAGCUUGAUCUCCAGUCGUCUCCUCGGCCGCAAAGAGCUGACAGAAAUCUCUUCUGAUACCCUGCGCUCUCAUCUACAGAGUAUUACCACCUCGCAGGUACAAGGAAGCGCUUCAUCCCUCAUCUUCGGGCUCCAAGGGGGCCCUGGAACGAAUCGAGUCGAGGAAAAGAUGCGUGGAGCUGUGACGCCAGCUUGGAGAGCAGCGUACAUCCACCUCAUCAGCACUGGAGCGUACGUCAACGCUGUCUGGCGUAAGUGGGCACCUGGAUCUGGCUCAUACUUCAACGAAGCCAAUCCUUUCAACACCAACUUUAAGGAGGACUUUUUCGGCGGGAAUUACGAUCGUCUAUCUGAUAUCAAGCAGAAGUACGACCCUCAUGCUAGCAUGUUCGUUCUUUCAGGCCCUGGAAGCCACAUGUGGGACUACACUCUGGAUACUGGCAAAUUGUGUCGCAUGUCGUAA